AUGGUGAAGAAGUAUUCUAUACAAAGGAACCAAUUCUACACCACAAUGACCUCGAAUGAGAAGGUCCUUCAUCUGCGGUGCAAGAAGAAUUGUGGUUGGUCGCUACAAGGUACUAAAAAAAGUGAGCACUCAGACGGCUUUACCAUAGUCACAUACAAAGGCCCGCACCGGGAGACCUGUUUCACUGAAGUGUUAUCUACAAAUCAUGCACACUUGGAUUCAUCCAUAAUUUCCGAUUUUGUGAAGUCUUUUGUGCAAAAAGAUCCAUGCUUGAAAGUUGAAUUUAUACAGGAACUCAUAUCCAAGCAUUUUCAGUUCGACGUUAGUUAUCGAAGAGCAUGGUAUGCUAGGGAGAAAGCCAUAGCUGAAGUAUUUGGAGAUUGGGAGAGUUCUUAUGGCAGACUUCUGCACUUCAUGGAAGCACUCAAACAGUCAAACCCGGGAACUGUUGUUGUAUGGAAACACAAAGCUCUGGUAGACGGUGUUUAUUACAGCAACAUUGAAGUGUUUGAACGAGUAUUUUGGGCCUUCAGCCCUUGUGUUGAAGGUUUUAAACAUUGUAUGUCUGUCAUCUGUAUCGAUGGGACGCAUUUGUACGGGAAAUUUAAAGGAACAUUGUUGGUUGCUACAAGUGUGGAUGCAAAUUUCCAAGUAUUUUCGCUUGCAUUUGGGUUAGUCGAAGGGGAAAACACUUCCAAUUGGUCUUGGUUUCUGGCUGCAUUCGGGUUCAUGUCACUCAACGAGAUGGCCUCUGUGUUAUAUCUGAUCGACAUGAUGGGAUCAUUGCAGCAAUGA